GCCGCGCACGCGUGUCACAGCGGGAGUAGGCUGGUAAUGCUUGGCUGAAGUGGAUCUGCUGGAAAGCUUCUCUUCAUUUGAAGAGACUGAGAGAUCUGCAUGCAGAGAUUGAAGAUAAAGCUGACAGGACAACUUCUUUAGCCACCUAUCACUAUCAGACAAAAGGGAUACUGGUCCUCAUUGGGUUCCAGUCAAGAACAUCAGGCCCUUCAUCGAACAACCAGCUGAUCAAAAUACAGAAAAGGAUUAAUGCCUUUGAAGAAGUGGUUUGGGUUUCCUAGAGAUGUCAAAGUCAUAAAAGACAAGUCUUCUGUCCUCGGGGAGCCGGUCGAUCAUAUGUCCAGAGGUGGUCGACCUUGAAGAUCCACUUUGACCAUGCUGAGAUUUGGGCAGCACCUGAUCAAGCCCUCAGUGGUGUUCCUGAGGACAGAGCUGUGCUUUGCUCUGGUGAACCGCAGGCCGGUGGUGCCAGGACAUGUCCUUGUUUGUCCCCUGCGGCCGGUGGAGCGUUUCCGUGACCUGUGUCCCGAGGAAGUGGCUGACUUGUUCCGUACGGCACAAAGGGUCGGCGACGUGGUGGAGAAACAUUUCUGUGGCACUUCACUCACCUUUUCCAUCCAGGAUGGCCCUGAAGCUGGACAAACAGUGAAGCAUGUUCAUGUCCAUGUGCUGCCAAGGAGGGCUGGAGACUUCAGCAGGAAUGAUGAUGUCUACGAAGAGCUGCAGCGCCACGACAAAGAUGAUUCCCCUGACAAGUGGAGGACAGAAGAAGAAAUGGCAGCUGAAGCAGAAAUUCUAAAGAAGUAUUUCCAGGAAAAUUAGAGGUAACAAAGUGUUUGGAACACAUCCCAUGACACCAGAAAGUCCCCAGAAAGAACAACCUCAUUCUCCAGUUCUCAGUGGCCCUGGAGCUGCAGCUUGACAUUUUAUUAUGUUCUACAAAUAUGGGAUUUUUCCAUGAAAAAUUUUAUUGGACCUUUGGAUAUCAUCAAGGUUGAAUUCCAGCUAAGACAACUAAACAGCUCAGGUUCAAAAUAUUGCUCUGAGUUGUAACUCAUAUUUUUCUGCAUUGUGUACUUGGGAAUGAAUCUUUUUAAAUUGUCCCUUGGCCUAAAUAGAAAUAAAGUGCCAGGAAAAUCAGGUAGCUACUGUGUUUAGGUACAUUAUAAAGUGUUUACUCCA